AUGCUGGUCUUGGACCGCAUUCAACUCUCUUCGUACUUUGGUCCUUCGGAGGGGAUCCUUUUGGUCCUUCGGAGGGGAUCCUUUUGGAGCGCUUCACAGUCCGGUUUGGCCUCGACCCCCCGAAAUAAUUGGGUGGGCGGCUCCUGCGCGCAAAGCGUAGCACAAAGCCAGCGGCUCUCCCCCGAGGAGCGCAGCGCACCGCCCCGCCCCGCCGCCGGCACGGGAGGGCGCACAGGGCAGCUUAUCGGCCGCCAGCAGGCCACCGGCUCCACCCCGGAAAGCAGGGGCGGGGGGCGCGGUGGAGGGACGCUACGCAAGGCCUCCGCUCGCCAAGGGCCGGCCUCGUCCAGCAGCUGCAGCCGCCGCCCCGCCGCGCGCAACGGAGCCGCUCGCCCAGCCCGGCGCGCGCUCCGCUCCCCGGCGCUCCCGCAGCACAGGAGGGUCUUCCGCCUCCCUCCCAGGCCAGAGCAUGGUGAGCUGCACAAGGGAGGGGGGAUGUCGGGUGGCCAACCUCCAGGUACUGCUGAGAAAACGAAACCAGCGCACCGUUUCAAGGCAAUGCUGCUAUAUAAGGAAAUGCAAGAUGCCCGGCGAAUCGUGGCUUUUCUUAUGUUCUCAUAUCUGAUGUCUUUCUCCCACAAGGUGCCUGAGCUGGAGAAAGCUACUGUCCGGAUGAAAGAUGCUGAACAAGUAAAAAAGAUUGUUUCAAGGCUCAAAAAAGGGGGAGCGGACCACCUUCAGGUAAUUUCUGAUUUUGACAUGACUCUAACUCGGUUUGGGUUCAAUGGACGACGCUGCCCCACCUCUCACAAUAUAAUAGAUAACAGCCAGGUCAUCAGCGAAGAAGGCAAGAAAAAGCUAGCAGAUCUGCUCCUCUAUUACUAUCCUAUUGAAAUUGACCCCUACCGGACUGUGGAGGAUAAACUGCCCCUCAUGGUCGAAUGGUGGACAAAGGCCCACAGUCUCCUGUCCCAGCAGAAGAUUCUGAAAAGUGACAUUGCCCAGAUGGUGAAAGAAUCGGACGUCAUGCUCAGAGAUGGCAUCAAAGUUUUCUUCGACCAGCUGUACCAGAGCCGGGUUCCCCUGUUCAUCUUCUCUGCCGGUGUGGGUGAUAUUCUGGAGGAGAUCAUACGUCAGGCUGGCGUGUUCCACCCCAAUGUCAAUGUGGUCUCCAACUAUAUGGACUUUGAUGACCAUGGAGUCCUGAGAGGGUUCAAAAAGCCCUUGAUCCACAUCUAUAACAAGAAUAACACUGUGCUGGAGAACACGGAGUAUUUCCAGCAGCUGUGCACUAGGACCAACAUCUUACUUCUCGGGGACUCCAUGGGUGACCUCAGUAUGGCCGAUGGGGUUGCCAAUGUGGAGAAUAUUCUCCGAGUUGGCUUCCUGAAUGACAAGGUGGAGGAACGGCGAGAAAAGUACAUCGAGGCUUAUGAUGUUGUGUUGGAGAAGGAUGAGACGAUGGACGUGGCUAAUGGCAUCCUCCAGUUCAUCCUGGCCAAAACCUGAGCUUU